AUGCUCUCGUUCUUCUCCAUCAUCCGACGGGAGCUGUCGACAACGGGUCGAGGACCCCGAUCACUGCUCGUCCAAGCCGACGACAUCCCCUCUCGACUCGGAUAUACACCGUACGCGAGCGACGACCUCCUCGUGGAAGAUUCCUGGCUCAACAGCCAGGCUACAACGUCUGACAUUGCCGAGCUCGACGGUUGCGCCGUUGCCAUCGACGCGACGUACUGGCUCAACCUCAUCCUCGACACCCCGCCCGCCCAUGAACCGCUGCUUUCCGCCCUCGGCGGCCUCACCGGCAUCGAAGCUCACAUCAACGAGAACCUAGACCAGUGGGAGAAGAACCGCAUCGUGCCCUUCUUCAUCUUUGACGGGCAGUCAGUCGCCGGUCAGGACCAAGUGUCGCUUGCCCGUCGCCGAGCGGCCAACAAGAAGACGGACGAGGCAUGGGCUCUGUACUCGCAGUCGCAAGCUGAGCAGGCCGUCGCUACUUUCGGUGCCAAUCCUGGCGCCUUCUGUGUUCGGAACCUCUUUCCCCUGCUCCUGAGCAUCCUCAAGCACCGCCGCCUGCACUUCCUGGUUCCUCCCUACAAUGCCUGCGCUCAGCUGGCCUAUUUCGAGCUGAUCGACUCCGACCAAUGCGCUGGUGUCAUGGGUCCCCAGGAUCUCCUGCUGUAUCCCAUCAAGGAUUCCGUCAUUCGAAGCUUCGACUGGGAGGCCAAGACGGUUACCGCCCUCUCCAAGAAGAAGGCGAUGCGUACGCUGGGCGCCGACGAGGCCAUGUUCAUUGACGCCCUGCUCAUGAGCGGCACCUCAUUUCUCCCGCCCUUCCCCCCCCUUCUGGACCCGUCCAUCUACCAGAACUCCUUCACAAUCAUGGACGCCAUGAACAUGUUGCGGACUUCGGACAAGUCCGUGGCCACCAUCGUCACCUCCUUCAACGAAACAGUCCAGGCGCAGGACCCCAACUGGCUCGACAAGUAUCGCAAGGCUCGCAUGGCCGUCCACCAUUUCAUCUACAUUGCAGAAAAUGGCGAGGUCCGCCUCAAUGACUUUGACCGGCUGACCAAGGACAAUCACGAGUACCUUGGUCUCCAGCUUCCGGCCGAGCUAUUUCACUACCUCAACACGGGUCUCAUUGGCGCCCGGAACCUGAACUGCAUAACGCACGGCCAGGCUGUGGUCCAGCCGACGCUGUACGGCGGCGUGUCCAGUGAGUACAAGAAGCUCGUCACCGAAAAGAUACUACCCCUCAAGGAGCAGGCUCUCAGUCUCAUUAUCCCCCGGGUCCAUCGGGGCAUCGGGCACAAGGACAUCGUCAUGCGCGUAUGGUAUGACCCCAAGUUUGCCCAGACGAUCAACUAUCGGACGACCCAGCCGCCGCCCUCGCAGAAGGUGGCCACCUGGGACGUGAAGGAGAGCGACCUUCGCAGAUUCUUCCCCGCCGACUUUGCCGGUCCCGUUUCCUUGGAAGUCUUGGCCUUGGCCAGCUCCGACUUUGCCGAGCUGACGAUUGCCAAGGAGAGGUUCGUCAAGGGCAUCGACAGCAUGGAGAUGGUCACCUCGGUUGCCAUCUGGCGUUAUCUUCACCUCCGAGGCUACGUCAACGAUGAUCACAAGCUCACGAAAUGGGGAAACGCGAUGGCCACCACUCUAUUGGCACUGAAAGAUGCCGACGAAAACCGCGCCGUGCCCGGUGUCGACGAAGCGGCCCUCCUCGCCUUUGAGCUGAUACGGUUGGGCGUGCUCAACGCACAUGCCCGUGACGAUGUGCCAGGCAUGCCACACAACGGCACCGACGAGGACAAACUGAGCUUGACCCUGAUCAGCCAGUGUGCCACACUUCUGAAGCUUCGCCACCAGGUCUACGGCUACACAGGUCCUCUUAACAAGAGCCUGCUGGCGUUCCGCGCUCUGUCGUCGACGGUGCGGGAGGCUGAGCGAGAUUUGAUUGAAGCCAUCGUCGCGUCGAUGUUUAUGUACGGGCAAUGCAAGCGGGAGAGGGACGACUAUUUGGAGAUCAGCCAGAGGUAUGUGCCCCCCAACAAUGCGAUGCGCCGCGAGCUAACGAAAAGACAAAGACUUCCCUUCCUCCACGAGCCCGACAUCGGCCUGGGAAUCGCCAUACGAACAUUCUUCGACGACGACGAGGCGGGCGACAGCAAGAAACAGCGGGCGGACAGGCUGAGAGAGUUUCCACGGACCUACGUCCCCUUUGCCGAGGCGCUCUCGGACGACUUCCGCUUGUGCGUCGACUUUUUCAGUGCCCUCAACCAGGGUCUUCAAACUCUGGACAUCAAGGAGUUGCAGGAGACGGACAAGGCGGCGUGGGCCAAGGCUCAGGCGUACCUGGACGCGAGGCCCUUCUGA